CCCUCUUCUGCCUCGAACUACAGUUCCCAGGCUGCCCUGCGCACACGCACAUUCUCAGGUAUUCAAGAUGGCUGACACAGCUGCAACUGCCGGAGCCAGUGGUUCGGGAGCGAGAUCAGGAAGCAAGCAGGCCACCACUCCUGCAGACAACUACUACCUGGCACGGAGGCGGACCUUGCAGGUAGUUGUGAGCUCCUUGCUGACAGAGGCUGGGUUUGAGAGUGCUGAGAAAGCAUCGGUGGAAACAUUAACUGAGAUGUUACAAAGCUACCUUUCAGAAAUCGGGAGGAGCGCUAAAUCCUAUUGUGAGCAUACGGCCAGGACGCAGCCAACACUCUCAGACAUCGUGGUCACACUUGUUGAGAUGGGUUUCAAUGUGGAAACUCUCCCUGCAUAUGCCAAACGAUCCCAGAGGAUGGUCAUCACAGCACCUCCAGUCACCAAUCAGCCUGUGACUCCCAAAGCCCUGACUGCUGGACAGAACAAGUCUCACCCACCUCAUAUCCCCAGCCAUUUUCCUGAAUUCCCUGAUCCCCACACCUACAUCAAAACACCGACAUACCGUGAGCUUGUGUCAGAUUAUCAGGUCCUUCGGGAAAAGGCUGCGUCACAGAGGCGUGAUGUGGAACGGGCACUUACUCGUUUUAUGGCCAAGACAGGCGAGACACAGAGCCUUUUCAAAGAUGAUGUCAGCACAUUUCCAUUGAUCGCUGCCCGGCCGUUUACCAUUCCCUAUCUGACAGCCCUUCUCCCGUCUGAAUUGGAGAUGCAGCAGAUGGAGGAGACUGAUUCUUCUGAGCAGGAUGAACAGACAGACACAGAGAACCUGCCUCUCCACAUCAGUGUGGAUGAAUCAGGUGCAGAGAAGGAGAAUGCCUCUGUUCUACAGCAGAACGCUUCCUUGUCGGGGAGCCGGACUGGGGAGGAGAAUCUUAUCGAUAACCCUUAUCUCCGGCCUGUAAAGAAACCCAAGAUCCGUAGGAAGAAGUGAAUUAGAGGACAGUGAGGGCAUUCCAUUCCGAGUUUGUCUCUGCCAUCUUUACAGCAGGGAAGAAAUGAGUUAGUGACCAUUAAGGUUAGACCUAGAAAGAGUCUCCCUGAGCUUAGCAGACAUUUUCCUUGUUUCUUUCUUUCUGAACACCCACUCUCUCACCUUAAGUUACCUUAGAAUAAAGCUGUCUCAACUUUUUGUGAUGGGAUGACAUCAUAGCUAUGGGAUUAACCUUUCUCUGGUAGAAAUAAUCUCUAGCACGCAGUUGGCCAGAGGUCUUCCAUGGCCCUUUGGGCCACUCUUUUCAGAUGAGAGAAAAAAAACCUGAAUUGCAAAGGGAUGCAUUCACUCAUUUCCAUUCCCAUUUAAAGAUACCCAGGAAGGAGAGGGCUGCGCGGCCAAACUGGAAUCUAAUAUUUUGCUGGGCAUUUGACUUCAGAGAAAUAAGUGUUUAAUAAUGAUGUCUUACUUAGUUUGUACUGUAGGACACAGGGAGAUUUAGUGAUUUCAUUUCCUGUCAUAGUUUUUUAUUCCAGUUGAAACUUCUAGGCAGUUGUAUUCCAGAUGACCUUUUUAUUGGCUCACUAGCAAUUCUGGUACUGGCCCCCAGGAAAGAGCCUCAUUCUGUGGCCUGUGAAGCCCUGAGAACAUGGCCAGGCCCAAGAAGCUCAGUGGGUUCUUGGUUGAAUUACUUUUCUGCUUCAAGCCCAGCACACUCAGUGAGACUUUGCUUCUUUUUCCAGGACAGAAAGUGAAGCCUUGUUCCCUUGCCAUGUGAUCUGUGCCCCCUGAACUGGAGAUAAAUACUUAACAUUUAUUGAACUUUUGAGGAAGCUGUGACUAGAAUAUCCCAGGCUCUUCCUUUUCUGUUGACCAGAAAACAGAUUUUUUUUUUUUUUGCAGGGGGGAAAUGCAAGGUAAUUGGGGUUAAGUGACUUGCCCAAGGUCACACAGCUAGUAAAUGUGUCAAGUGUCUGAGGCUGGAUUUGAACUCAGGUACUCCUGACUCCAGGGCUGGUGCUCUACUCACUAUGCCACCUAGCUGCCCCGAGAAAACAGAUUCUUAAAGAAAAUUCUAUAAAAGUGAAACAGUAAGGCAUAUAGACAUAUAACAACAUAGAUGAUAAUUGUCAAAAUGCCGAUGUAGUUCUGUAUCGCAAAGUAUGAGAGACUCUCCAUAAAGAAGGUAACAAGUAUAACAUUUAUUCAGACACCAGAAAAUCAUAUCCCAUAACCAAAUGUUCCAGCUCCCACAGCCAGUCAGCCCAUUUUUAUCAUAACAGCAAGGAACUUAAAACACCAUAUCACAGCCUGGCGCCUCACCGUCCCAAAACCUCUCUGAUGCUCUGCUGGGGUCUUCCCAAAUAAAAACUCAGUACAGCUAAGUCAGCCUGUUCAGUUCUAACAAUCACGAGGGUGGCCAUUAGCAGUCAUAACAGCUCUCUUUCAGCAUUUCCCUGUGGCAUAAAUUUCUUUUACUGUCAGGAAGCUCUUCCCACCACACGUGACUUAGGCUUCCUGUGAUGUAAGCAGGUUACAUGACCUAGUAAUGGGUGGGAAGGAUCUUCAAAUCUAAUUGCUACUACAAUAAGCUACUAUAUAUUUAUUCUUGGCUAAGCACUAAUGCAGAGUGAUGUUUUUAAAAAAUGCCAAAUGAAAACUACUGGAGGGUCACAAAUAUUUUAAAUGAAAGAGAAAUAAGGAAUCUCCUGUGAGGUAUGUUGCCAGAGUCUUGAAAUCCUUCUGGAGAGACAGUCGGGUUACAUAAUAACUUUAUUUUCUCCUUAACCACCCCAGCCCUGCCUUUUUACUUCUUUUCCCCAAUAAGUAAAACUCUUUGGCCUGAUAGUGCUAUCCAUGAACUUCUAACCAGCUGUUUUGAUGGAGAGAUUCCUUCUUAAGGGAAUAGAGCUGUUUGUUUGGAAUCGAAGAGAAAUCUGCCAAGCAGAGUGUCUAAGGAGAGAAAACCACAUUCUGACCCUAGCUUUCUAGGCCUGUCUAUAGUUAGCUAAUGUUGUAAUACCUCUUUCACUGAGAACACUUGAAAACUAUUUUCCCAGGCCAGUAGGCCUUGGCUUUGGGUUGUUUUCAGCCCUUCAAGAUAUGUAGUGUGGUGAGCAUAGGGGAAGUUCACAUUUCAGAGGUGAGCACUGUAGAAGGUGGUAGGACAGAAGCAUUUACAGCCCUUUUUUGUAGCUAGCAACUGCCAUGAGCACUGUGGGGUGGUAACUGUGUUGUGUGUGCAGUCUUACUACUGUGCUUGCACAUCACGAAUGCCAAAAAGCAUUUACCAGCACCUACUUGGAGGAGGUAUGUGUUAAAUGGAGCUUCUUGUUACUUCAGCCAAGAAACCUGAGCUAUUGUUGAAAUAAAUACCGUGUUCUGAACUUUUCUGAGCAAAACAGGCACAUGUGGAUCUGACAGAAGGCUUGUUCAUGUAUCAUGUUGACCCUGACUCUUUGCUGUCAUGUAAAAACUGUACAUACACCCAGACACUUAUUUACAAAUUUCUAUUUUUAAUACUUUGGUUGAGGUUUUUUGAAGGAUGUGUGGCCAAAACCGAAUGAAAACUGUUACCUGUAUGUGCAUAAUAAAAAUCUGAUGUAGAUAGAAUGGAA